ACAAAAAAUAUGGCUAUAUCAAAUCGGUUACUGUCGUUAGUUCUCUUCUCGUUGAUGGUUACUUGUGCAUUCGCUGAAAAACCUAGAGGUGUUACUUAUGAUGGUCGUUCCAUGAUCGUCAAUGGUGAAAGAGAAUUGCUCUUUUCUGGUUCCAUUCAUUAUCCUCGUAUGCCUCCUCAGAUGUGGCCAGACAUUAUAAGGAAAGCUAAGGAGGGAGGUUUAAACCUUAUUCAGACUUAUGUUUUCUGGAAUAUCCACGAGCCCGUUCAAGGCCAGUUCAACUUUGAAGGAAACUAUGACGUUGUCAAGUUCAUCAAGGAAAUUGCUCGACAGGGCUUGUAUGUCACCCUCAGGAUCGGACCAUAUAUCGAGGCUGAAUGGAAUCAAGGAGGAUUCCCAUACUGGCUAAGGGAGGUCCCAAACAUCACCUUCCGUUCUUACAAUGAACCAUUCAUCUACCACAUGAAAAAGUACUCAGAAAUGGUCAUUGAUUUGAUGAAGAAGGAAAAGUUGUUUGCACCUCAAGGAGGCCCUAUCAUCAUGGCUCAAAUCGAAAAUGAAUACAACAAUGUUCAACUAGCUUACAGAGAUAAUGGUAAGAAAUACGUCGAGUGGGCUGCCAAUAUGGCAACUUCACUAUACGAUGGAGUCCCAUGGAUCAUGUGUAAGCAAAAGGAUGCCCCUCCACAUAUCAUCAACACAUGCAAUGGAAGGCAUUGUGCAGAUACAUUCAAAGGUCCCAAUGGUCCUAACAAACCUUCUCUAUGGACUGAAAAUUGGACCGCUCAGUACAGGACAUUCGGAGAUCCACCAUCACAAAGAGCAGCAGAGGAUAUUGCAUUCUCUGUAGCCCGUUUCUUCGCAAAGAAUGGAACUCUUACAAACUAUUACAUGUACUAUGGUGGAACCAACUAUGGAAGGACAAGCUCAUCAUUCGUGACAACUCGUUACUAUGAUGAAGCUCCUCUUGAUGAGUUCGGUUUGUUUAGGGAACCAAAAUGGAGUCAUUUGAGGGAUUUACACAGGGCUUUGAGGCUAUCCAGAAGGGCUCUCCUUUGGGGAACUCCCACAGUACAAAAAGUUAACAGAGACAUUGAGAUUACAAUUUAUGAGAAGAAAGGAAGUGAUUGUGCUGCAUUUUUAACCAACAACCACACAACUAACCCCGCGACAGUCAAAUUCAGGGGUAAAGAUUAUUACCUACCUGAGAAAUCCGUUAGCAUUCUCCCCGACUGCAAGACUGUUGUCUACAACACUCAAACGAUUGUGUCUCAACACAAUUCAAGGAACUUUGUGGCAUCAGAGAAGGCAAAGGGUCUAAAAUGGGAAAAGUACCAAGAAAAAGUCCCAACCAUAAGUGAAUUAUCACUUAAAAACAGGGAACCUUUGGAACUUUAUACUUUGACUAAGGAUACCUCAGAUUAUGCUUGGUACAGUACAAGUAUCAAAUUCGAUCGCCAUGACUUGCCCAUGAGACCUGACAUCCUCCCCGUGCUACAAAUCGCAAGUAUGGGUCAUGCAUUAGCUGCCUUUGUUAACGGAGAAUACAUUGGGUUUGGACAUGGUAACAACAUCGAGAAGAGCUUCGUAUUCCAGAAGCCUAUCGUGUUGAAGCCUGGAACUAACACCAUCUCAAUUCUAGCUGAGACAGUUGGCUUCCCGAAUAGCGGAGCCUACAUGGAAAAGAGGUUUGCUGGACCCAGAGCAAUAACCAUUCAAGGUUUGAUGGCUGGUACUCUUGAUAUAACUCAAAACGAUUGGGGACAUGAGGUUGGUGUAUUUGGAGAGAAAGAGCAAUUAUUCAGUGAAGAGGGUGCAAAGAAAGUAAAAUGGACACCAGUAACUGGUCCUACUAAUGGAGCUGUUACUUGGUACAAGACCACCUUUGAAGCACCUGAAGGCAACAACCCAUUGGCUGUGAAAAUGGACAAAAUGCAAAAGGGUAUGAUGUGGGUGAAUGGUAAUAGCCUUGGUCGUUAUUGGUCAUCUUUCCUCUCCCCACUUGGACAACCCACUCAGUUCGAGUAUCACAUUCCAAGAGCUUUCUUGAAGCCAACUGACAAUGUCCUAGUUGUGUUUGAGGAAACCGGUGGUAAUCCAGCAGAUAUUGAAAUCCAAACAGUAAACAGAGACACAAUAUGCAGUAUCAUCACGGAAUAUCAUCCUCCAAAUGUAAAAUCAUGGGAGAGAUCUGGUACUAACUUUGUCGCGAUAGUAGAAGAUCUCAAAACAGGAGCACAUUUAACAUGCCCAGACGACAAAAUCAUCGAAAAAGUUGAAUUUGCUAGUUAUGGUAAUCCAGAUGGUGCUUGUGGAAACUUGAUUGUUGGAACUUGCAAUUCAGCAAAGAGUAUGCAAGUUGCAGAAGAGAAAUGCUUAGGGAAGAACUCGUGCACAAUCCCAAUUGAGAGAGAAAUUUACGACGAGCCGAGCAAGGACCCAUGCCCUGACAUCUUUAAGACUUUGGCUGUUCAAAUGAAGUGUGGGAACAAGAACUAAUUAAGUAGGGCUUAUAGGCUGAAUGUUGGCUAUGACAUAUAAAUGUAUAUAGUAGAACUUCAUGCCUUGUUUUCACAACUUCAAUUUGUUUUUUUAUAUCAAA